AUGAAAAAAUAAUCAUUUUAACAUUCGAAAACAGAGCCUUCAGUUCGAAGGUCAAAUAAAACACCAACAAGUCCUUUACUCAAUCCAAAAACUGAUGAAUAAUUGACAUCAAGUCAAAUAAACAAUGAAUUACUAAAAACGUAAUAAUCAUUUCGUAGCUCACCAAGUCCUUAAGCAUAAAAUUAAUCACUUAGGUUAACUGUUUAUUUCUAAUCCAAGCUCUAAAAUCACAUAUUCAGCAAAGACUUAAAAUUAAAGCGAUUCUAAAAAACCUAUGCAGAUCUUAUCAAAAUUAAAAAUGUAAAAUAUGCAUGAACGCUCUAUUAUUAAAGUUAUGGGUUUAAAUAUGGAGGCUGUAUGUCCAAAAAGAAAUCAUGAAAAUAAUAAAAUGUUAUACUUUUGUUAAUUUUAAGAAUGUAAAGCUGAUAGUAGAAUAGGUUGUUCAUAUUGUUUAAUUGAAUAACAUAAUGAUCAUUCUUCUUAAAUUAUGGAAAUUUAAAAUUUCUGUAAAUUAUUUGAUGAUAAAAAAAAGCAAGUAUAAUUAUACUAAAUUAUAUAGUUUAUAAACCUGAGUGAAACAAUUAUAAAACCUCCUUAAAAAACAUAAGAAAUUAAAUUUUAUUUUGAUUAGCUUAAACAAUAUUUAAUAGAUCGUUUAUUGUUUAUAGAAAAAAAUGUUUUGCAAUCAAUAAAUUAAUAAUUAGAAUGGAAUUCAUUAGAAACUGAAUUAAUAAAUAGAAUAAUUAAUUUGGGUUCUAAAAAUAUAUUUGAAAUGUCAUAAGAUGAAUUAAAGGAAAGUUUAGAUUUUAUAAAAGGUAAACAUUUAUAAGAAUUGGAGUAAAUAAAAAAAGAAACAAAUAUUUAAUUAAAUAAUAAAAUAAAUAAAGUUGAAAAAUCUUGGAAUGAGUAUAAAAAAUAAUUAGAAUUAGAUUUGAGUAAUAUUUUGGAUGAGAAUAAUAAACUGACAUUUUUAGAACCAUAAAGUAAAGAAUAUCUUGAGUUUAAGUUAAGGUUUUUUGAAUAGAAAGUUAAAAAAGUAAAUGAAAUGAGAUAACCCUAUUUUACAUAAUUAACAGUUAUUUAAGAAGAAGAGUAGUAAGAAGAAUAGAAAUAAAUAAAAAAACUUAAAAAUUUUGACUAAAAUUAAAAGAUAGAUGUAGUAAAAGUAGUAGAGAAGUUGAAAUAGAAUUAAGAUUUAAAAAAAUUAUAAACAGAAAUAAAAUAAGGUGAGAAAUAAAGAGAAUAAAAGCUUUUAACUUUUCCUUACAAAAUUUAUACUGAAGACUGUAAUCAUAGAGUUUCAUGUAAUACAAUUCCAAUAUUUGGAUGUUGUAACAAGGCUUAUCCAUGUUCAUUAUGUCAUGGAAGUAUUGCUCAUCCAGCAAGAAUUCAAGUGCCUAGUUAUAGAUAUUGCAUGAAAUGUCUAGAAAUAUUUAUUGUAAUGUAUCCAACAAAUUAUUCUAUGAAUUGUUUGAAAUGUCUGAAGAGUUAGAAAUGA